ACGAGACGAUCCACUGCUCUCCGAAUCUGGUCUGAUGUUUGUUUAUUCAAACUUCUGCGACUUUUCUCUGCGGUGGCGCUGUCACCCAAAUUGGAUUGGCUUCCUUGGUUUGACCAUGGAAAAGUCCUCCCUUUCAACCCUUAAAGACUCGUCAGCUCUUCGUCUUUGAGCAUUUCUGCCAAGGCCGAAGCCCCUCGCAGCCAUCAUUCGCUCUUCAUUUUCUUCACAGGAGAAGACGCAAUGGUUGAUCAGGUUCAACACCCCACUGUCAUGCAAAAGGUAGCUGGCCAGCUCCUUCAGCAAUCCAUUCAGGGUUACGAUACUGGCUUCCAAAGACAAGGGAUGUACCAGAGACGUCCUGCGUAUGGAAAUUACUCCAACGCUGCAUCGCAGUACCCUGUGAUGACAGCUUGCAGGGCUACCGCUGAUCUAUCAAUGAUCCCAUCAACUGCAUCUCCAGUUUUUGUGCAAGCCCCCGCAGAGAAAGGCCACUUUUUCGUUGAUUUCCUUAUGGGUGGUGUUUCUGCUGCUGUAUCUAAGACCGCUGCUGCUCCCAUCGAGCGUGUUAAGCUUUUGAUUCAGAACCAGGAUGAAAUGAUCAAGGCUGGUCGUUUGUCUGAACCCUACAAGGGCAUUGGUGAGUGCUUCUCCCGAACAAUCAAGGAAGAAGGAUUCAGUUCGUUGUGGAGAGGAAAUACUGCCAACGUCAUCCGUUACUUCCCCACUCAGGCGUUCAACUUUGCAUUCAAGGAUUACUUCAAGAGGCUAUUCAAUUUCAAGAAAGAUAGGGAUGGUUAUUGGAAGUGGUUUGCUGGUAACUUGGCCUCAGGAAGUGCAGCUGGUGCUGCUUCUUCUUUCUUUGUCUACUCUUUGGACUAUGCUCGUACCCGUUUGACUAGUGAUGCUAAGGCUGUAAAGCAGGGAGGAGAAAGACAAUUCAAUGGUCUGGUUGAUGUCUACAGGAAGACAUUGAAAUCUGAUGGUAUUGUUGGUCUAUACCGUGGAUUCAAUGUAUCAUGUGUUGGUAUCAUUGUUUACCGUGGUCUGUACUUUGGACUCUACGAUUCAAUCAAGCCUGUGGUCCUGACUGGAGGUUUGCAGGAUAGUUUCUUCGCUAGCUUUGCUCUUGGAUGGGUCAUCACAAUUAAUGCUGGUCUUGCUUCCUACCCAUUUGACACUGUUCGUAGAAGAAUGAUGAUGACCUCUGGUGAAGCCGUCAAGUACAAGAGUUCAAUUGAUGCCUUUGCUCAGAUCUUGAAGAAUGAGGGUGCCAAAUCCCUGUUCAAGGGUGCUGGUGCAAACAUCCUUCGUGCUGUUGCUGGUGCUGGUGUCCUUUCUGGUUAUGACAAGUUGCAGCUGGUUGUGUUCGGAAAGAAGUAUGGGUCUGGAUCUGGUUAAGUAUGUCUUAUCUGCCAAGCAAGACAGCUGUUAGAUGGUGAUGAAAAUCUCUCUUCUUUUUAGUCUGAACAACUUAUUUUAGCAAAAUUUUCCUUGAAUAAAUGGGAGUUGAUCCCAAACAGAUUUUUACAAAUGGAUUGAUUUUUGUUCUCAUAUUUGGAAUCCCACACAUAUUUGGAAUCUUAUUCAGAUGAUAUACAGGUUAUGUUUGUGUG